AUGACCAAACCACUGUAUGAUUUUACUGGCAUAAGAAAUGCACUUUUCUCUGAAGUGGGCAUUGGGAUCUCAGCCAACACCAUCCUUCUUCUCUUCCACAUCUUCACAUUCCUUCUCCAGCACAAGCUCAAGCCCACUGACCUCAUUAUUGGUCUCUUGGCCCUAAUCCACAUAGGGAUGCUGAUAAUUAUGGGGUACACUGCUACAAAUAUUAAUGGUUCUCAGGAUUUGGGGAAUGACAUUGAAUGUAAAUCAAUCAUCUACUUGCACAGGUUUUUGAGGGGCUUCUCCAUUUGUGCCACCUGCCUGUUGAGUGUCCUCCAGGCCAUCACCCUCAGCCCCAGAAGCUCUUGCUUGGCUAAGUUCAAACAUCAAUCCCCACAUCAGAUCCUGUGCUCCCUUGUGUUCCUGUGGGUGUUCUAUGUGUCCUUGAGUGAUCAGUUCUUAUUCUCUUCUGCCACCAGCCUCAAUGUGACUUCACAUGGUGUUGUAUUUAUUGCUAAAUUCUGUGAAAUUUUACCAAUGAAUUACUUCCUCAGGCAUUUGCUUUCCAUAUUGGAUGUAAUAUGGGAUGUCUUUCUUAUAGGACUCAUGGCCCUCUCAAGUGGGUACAUGGUGACUCUCUUGUGCAGGCAUAAGAGGCACAUCCAGCAACUUCACAGCACCAGUCUUUCUCUAAAAGCAUCCCCUGUACAGAGGGCCACCCAGUCCAUCUUGAUGCUCAUGAGUUUCUUCAUCAUCAUGUACUGUUUGGACUGCUUCUUCUCCUCCUCAAGACCUGUGUGGAAUAAUGAUCCUGUUUGUCUUUCAAUCCAGAUCAUGGUGUCCAAUGGCUAUGCCACAACCAGCACUUUACUGCUAAUCUGUACUGAAAAACAAAUUCUUAAAUUUUUAAAAUCCUUUUUGGGGAAGAUAGCCCAUGUUUACUGA